CGGCCCCGCCGCGGCAGCGCUCGCUGCAGCGCCGGCGCCGAUGCCUCCUGCAGCGGCCGCAGGGGCUCGGCAGGGAAGAUGGCGCCGUCCCACGUCCUCAAGUGCUGCCAGAAGGUGCUGGCCUGGGUGCCCGUGGCCUUCAUCGCCCUGGUCGUGGCCUGGUCCUACUACGCCUACGUGGUGGAGCUGUGCGUGUUUACCAUUUCCUCAACUGCAGAAAAAGUUGUCUACCUUGUGGUUUUUCAUCUGUCCUUUGUCAUGUUUGUAUGGUCCUAUUGGAAGACAAUUUUCACAUCUCCUGCAUCCCCCUCCAAGGAGUUUUGCUUGUCAAAAGCUGAUAAAGAACAAUAUGAAAAAGAAGAGAGACCAGAAUCCCAGCAGGAAAUUUUGAGAAGAGCUGCUAAAGACUUGCCUAUCUAUACCACAACAGCAUCAAGAGCCAUCAGAUACUGUGAUCGGUGCCAGCUAAUCAAACCUGACCGCUGCCACCACUGUUCUGCAUGUGACAUAUGUGUGCUAAAAAUGGACCAUCACUGUCCAUGGGUGAAUAAUUGUGUGGGAUUUUCUAACUACAAAUUCUUCCUGCUGUUUUUAAUGUAUUCCUUACUGUACUGUUUGUUUGUUGCUGCUACAGUCUUGCAGUACUUCAUAAAGUUUUGGACAAAUGAAUUGCCAGAUACCCAUGCAAAGUUCCAUGUACUUUUCCUUUUCUUUGUGGCAGCCAUGUUCUUCAUCAGCAUACUCUCACUCUUCAGCUACCACUGCUGGCUAGUUGGCAAAAACAGAUCAACCAUAGAAACAUUCCGUGCACCCACAUUUCGCAAUGGCCCUGAUAAAAAUGGCUUUUCUCUUGGAUGUAGCAAAAAUCUGAGGGAGGUUUUUGGAGAUGAAAAGAAGUAUUGGCUACUCCCUAUUUUUACCAGUUUGGGCGACGGGUGUAAUUUUCCAACUCGUUUGGUGAUCAUGGAUCCAGAGCAACUUACUGUCUCAAGCCAAAAUGAACCUGCCAAAAGCUCUGGAUCCAGCCAGUCCUUUCCUACUCGACCACUCAGUGAAUCACAGAAUCGAUUGCUAGCCAGUGACUGUCAGUGGGUAGAAAGUGGCUCUGAAGAGGAGAAUGUUAAAUCAGGUACAAAAAAGCAUAUUAUAGUUUCAUUGGAAAGCUGAUCUCAGUUUAUUGCUAACCAACCAUCUCAAUGAGAAACAGGUUUGUGCAACACAUUUUGUGCUUGAAUAUUACUUAAUUUUGUUUGGAAGAAGCUGAUCAGUAAAAAAUGGAACAUGAACAUCUUAGGAAGAUACAAGAAAUUCAAGUUUCUGCGCAGUAUAAUGGAUUCUUGUCAGCACUACUGCAGAGCAGGGAAGUAAGACAGAUGCCUUAAGAUUCUUAUUGUGCAUUUAUGCACACUGAGUUACAUACUGCUACCAAAGGGCCAAAUCCUGAAGUGCCCUGCUUGAAUGCACAAGGUCCAGAGUGGGAACUAUGCAUUUCUGUUACGCUGAGGUGGUAGGGGUAGAUAGGUCUGCAGAGAUCCCUGCCUCCCCACAGGCAAACUUCACACCUUACGCGCUGCAGAAGUCACUUCCAUAGCACAUCUCCUGGGUGCAGAAAGAAAAAAAAAGGAAAAAACAACAUAGAGCAUGGCUAGUGAGUUUGAAGUGCAACUAUACGUAUAGCUCAAACACCAGGUGAUGAGAAAGGGGCUGGAUGAUGUGAUCUCCCUCUUCCUAUUAACCAGCCUACCCCAUGAUCAUAUCUCUGUACGUCUUUUGAGAUUGAGGAGUCCUUAUACUAGCCAUGCUUUGGAGCACUGCAAUGCCAAAAAAAGUAAAAGCUUUAUACUUGGGUGUUGCUUUUUUGCUUCAGAAUUGAGCCUCCUCAUGAUUUUAACUUGAUUUAUUUAACCAUAUCAAGAACAUAAAGAAGUGAACUUCCUUUUACUUGAAAAGGCAUGGAUUGUUACUUUCCAGCAAUUGCCUAUCAGCAUACAAAAAAAAAUGCCAAUCCAAAAGGGAAUUAACAGACUAUUACAGUUUCUGUUAAUGUGUGCAGUGUUCUGUAUGAGGCAGUAAGAAAACAGCGAAGUGCUCCUGAGAAAAAUCUUAUUGCAAUUGUAUGUUGUUAGAAAAUGGAACUGGAAGAGUACUGCUUUUUAUAUGGGACUCCUGAUGGCUUAUAAAUACUGUUUUAUACUUUUGUUUUAUCUUUUUAAUAAAGGCACAAGUUUUUAUCGGUUCUAAAUUACCAUAUAAACCUAUUUCAAGUACUUAUGAGAAAACUAGUGUUGGAUCAUACGUUUGUGUUAACACACUGAAACUUUGUAUGCUUUAGUCUGCCACUUUCAAGUCCAUUCUGCUUGACACUGACUGAAAUUGCUAAAGAUGAGUGCUUUGUGCAAUGGUGUACCUUGUUUACAAAAGGCAAAAUAUGUGUUUCCUGUGUGAGGAAUAAAGUCCAUCCUAAGCUCAA